CGUCUGAUUGGUCUGCCUGACGUGUAACCCGGAAGUGUGGUGAUCAGUCGUGUUGGUUGUCAGUGCUCAGGAAGAUGGCAGGGGUGUUUGAGGUGGAGGUUGACGGUGUUGAGCACGACCACGGACACGGACAUCGCGACGAUGCUUCACAGAUUGAUCUGUCCCAGCUGUCACCAGAGGAGAAAUGGAGGUUGGAACAUGCUAAGAUGCAUGCCAAACACAAAGGGCACGAGGCCAUGCAUGCAGAAAUGGUUCUCAUACUCAUCGUCACACUUGUGAUUGCCCAACUUGUCCUGGUUCAGUGGAAACAGAGACACCCCAAAUCAUACAAUUUGGUAACCCUCUUUCAGAUGUGGGUGGUUCCCCUGUACUUCACCACUAAACUGCACUGGUGGAGGUUUCUAGUGACGUGGUUCAUCUUCUCUAUUGUCACCGCCUUCAUCACUUUUCGCGCUACUCGUAAACCGUUGGACUGCACCACACCAAGGCUUGUCUAUAAAUGGUUUCUUCUCUUGUAUAAGAUCAGCUACACCACAGGCAUUGUGGGUUAUACUGUAGUUAUGUUCACUCUUUUUGGCAUUAAUCUCAUAUUCAGAAUAAAGCCAGAAGAUGCUAUGGAUUUCGGUGUAUCUCUUCUCUUUUAUGGUCUGUACUAUGGUGUGCUGGGUCGGGAUUUUGCAGAGAUGUGCGCAGAUUUUAUGGCAUCCACAGUUGGGUUUUACAGUGCAUCAGGAAUGCCCACCAAACACCUGUCCGACAGCAUCUGUGCCGUGUGUGGUCAGCCCAUCCUUGUGGAUGUGAGUGAAGAGGGCAUCAUCGAAAACACCUACAGACUCUCCUGCAACCAUGUAUUUCAUGAGUUUUGCAUACGAGGCUGGUGCAUCGUGGGAAAGAAGCAGACGUGUCCGUACUGCAAAGAAAAGGUGGACCUUAAAAGGAUGUUCAGUAACCCAUGGGAGAGACCCCACGUCAUGUACGGGCAGCUAUUGGAUUGGCUACGCUACCUUGUGGCAUGGCAGCCGGUUAUAAUCGGACUGGUACAGGGCAUCAAUUACAUCCUGGGUUUGGAGUAACUACAGCGGCCCGUGCGAAAGGACUAGCAAACCUGAUUCAAGACAUCGAUUUGAUUCCAAGGACGCUGGGACUUUUCAAGGACUGCGUGUGUCUGAUGUGUUAUGUACUGUAUAUAGACACACGGCAGGCUAAUUUGUUUUCAAAAGAAAUUUUACUUAGUCUGACCUCGUUGAUCAUCUCCGUUAAUGGAUUACGUGAAGCUUGGACCUCGUUGUUGAAUCACCUGGUCUCCAGAAGGCUUUUUCUGUAAAGCAACGUUUAAUUUACUGUAUUUUUAGAUCUGAAAUGUGUACGUUUUUCUUGUGUUAACAGGCAUUAUAUUGUCGCACCACAUUGUUUCAGUAUGUUUUCAUUUUGCACAUCAGACUCGAGUUAUACGAAGGACAGGGAAAACCUUUGAGCGUGUUUGUGCGUGCAUGUGCGUGUGUGAUGGUGUAAUAAAUGAUGUCUUCUAUCUUAUAGUGGUCGACCGAUAUAUCUAUACAUAGAUUUUUUUGUUGAUUCAGAUUUUGAGAAAGCAAUGUGGCUGAUUGGCUGAUAUGAGGCCGAUAUAACACAAAAGUAAUUACAGUAGAUGAGAGACAAAUAGAAAAUAAACAUUUGUUGCAUAAUAUUUAUAAAUAUACCUUUUAAAACUCUUCAAAAUAUUUACAUAUGUAAUGCAAAUCUGACAUCUCACGGUACUGUUUGAUCAAGACUUGUGUAACCGAAUUUAAAAUGUUCUCAUAUAUUGGUCAGUGCAAUAUAUCGGUCUAUCACUAUCUUCUAACCAAUAAUGCGCAGUAUAAAGAACCCAUUCAUCCAUUCAGGUGAUUUUAGAUUUUAAUUAAUUUCAAAUAGUUCUCCAUGUAUGUGUUCACUUGUUUUCUGCCAGGCUUACUUGCAGUUUUUGUGCCGAGUCCCAACUACACCAAACAGAGGUACUUUAUAAGACUGUAUGUUGAAUGGAUAAAUAACAAUUGUUUA